CUCGCGCGGUCGGAUCCGUCCUCUGGCAUUUCCUGCGGCCGGGCCCGCGCCGCCUGCGGAGCCCCCGCGCGCCGGGUCCCAGCCGGAGCUGGCUGCACGAAGCCCCCGAGCGCCCACGCCAUGAAGGAGGAGGCCUUUCUCCGGCGCCGCUUCUCCCUGUGCCCGCCUGCCUCCACCCCGCAGAAGGCGGACCCCCGGAAACUCGCCCGGAACCUGCUCCUCGGUGGGGAGAAUGAGCUGGACCCGCUCAGCCCAGGGAAGGACAUGGAGCCCAACGGCCCGGCGCUGCCCAGGGAGGAAGGGCCCCCGACUCCAGGCUCCGCCACCAAGGUGCCACCGGCAGAGUACAGGCUGUGCAAUGGGUCUGACAAGGAGUGUGUGUCCCCGACUGCCAGGGUCACCAAGAAGGAGGCUCUCAAGGCGCAGAAGGAGAACUACCGGCAGGAGAAGAAGCGGGCCACCAGGCAGCUGCUCCGCGCCCUCACGGACCCUGGCGUGGUCAUCAUGGCCGACAGCCUGAAGAUCCGCGGCACGCUGAAGAGCUGGACCAAGCUGUGGUGCGUGCUGAAGCCGGGGGCGCUGCUCAUCUACAAGACGCCCCCGGGCGGCCAGUGGGUGGGCACCGUGCUGCUGCACUGCUGCGAGCUCAUCGAGCGGCCCUCCAAGAAGGACGGCUUCUGCUUCAAGCUCUUCCACCCGCUGGACCAGUCCGUGUGGGCCGUGAAGGGCCCCAAAGGUGAGAGUGUGGGCUCCAUCACGCAGCCCCUGCCCAGCAGCUACCUGAUCUUCAGGGCCGCCUCCGAGUCGGACGGCCGCUGCUGGCUGGACGCCCUGGAGCUGGCGCUGCGCUGCUCCAGCCUGCUGCGCCUGGGCACCUGCAAGCCCGGCCUGGACGGGGAGCCGGGGUCCUCGCCAGACGCCUCGCCCUCCUCGCUCUACGGGCUGCCCGCCUCGGCCGCCGGCCACGCCGACCAGGACCUGUUCCCGCUGAACGGGCCGUCCCUGGAGAGCCGCUCGGAGAACGACGCGUUCUCGGACAAGUCGGAGAGAGAGAACCCCGAGGAGUCGGACCCUGAGACCCAGGACCACAGCCGCAAGACCGAGAGCGGGAGUGACCAGUCGGAGACCCCCGGGGCCCCCGCACGCAGGGGGACCACCUACGUGGAGCAGGUGCACGAGGAGCUCGGGGAGCUGGGCGAGGUGUCGCAGGUGGAGACGGUGUCGGAAGAGCACAAGAGCCUGAUGUGGGUCCUGCUGAAGCAGCUGCGGCCGGGCAUGGACCUGUCGCGCGUGGUGCUGCCCACCUUCGUGCUGGAGCCGCGCUCCUUCCUCAACAAGCUCUCCGACUACUACUACCACGCCGACCUGCUCUCCAGGGCGGCCGCGGAGGAGGACGCCUACAGCCGCAUGAAGCUUGUGCUGCGCUGGUACCUGUCCGGCUUCUACAAGAAGCCCAAGGGGAUCAAGAAGCCCUACAACCCCAUCCUGGGGGAGACCUUCCGCUGCUGCUGGUUCCACCCCCAGACCGACAGCCACACGUUCUACAUCGCGGAACAGGUGUCCCACCACCCGCCCGUGUCCGCCUUCCACGUCAGCAACCGGAAGGACGGCUUCUGCAUCAGCGGCAGCAUCACCGCCAAGUCCAGGUUCUACGGGAACUCGCUGUCGGCCCUGCUGGACGGCAGGGCCACGCUCACCUUGCUGAGCCGCGCGGAGGAGUACUCGCUCACCAUGCCCUACGCCCACUGCAAAGGAAUCCUGUACGGCACGAUGACCAUGGAGCUGGGCGGGAAAGUGACCAUCGCGUGUGCGAAGAACAACUUCCAGGCGGAGCUGGACUUCAAGCUCAAGCCUUUCUUCGGGAGCAGCACGAGCAUCAACCAGAUCUCGGGGAAGAUCACGUCGGGGGGCGAUGUCCUGGCGAGUCUCACCGGGCACUGGGACAGCGACGUGUUUAUCAAGGAGGAGGGAAGCAGCAGCUCCGAGCUCUUCUGGAGCCCCAGCGGGGAGGUCCGUGGGCAGAGGCUGAAGCGCCACACGGUGCUGCUCGAAGAGCAGACGGAGCUGGAGUCCGAGAGGCUCUGGCAGCAUGUCACCAGGGCCAUCGGCAAGGGUGACCAGCACAAGGCCACGCAGGAGAAGUUCGUGCUAGAGGAGGCGCAGCGGCAGCGGACCCGUGAGCGCCAGCAAAGCCUCACGCCCUGGAAGCCGCAGCUGUUCCAGCUGGACCCCGCCACUCAGGAGUGGCGCUACCGCUACGAGAACCGCAGCCCCUGGGACCCCAUGAAGGACAUCGCCCAGUUCGAGCAAGAUGGGGUCCUACACACCCUGCAGCGGGAGGCCGCGGCCCACCAGGCCCCCUUCCGGGGCAGCCCGGGGCCCAGGCAUGAGAGGCCCGGCCCAGACCGGCGGCUCCGCAAGGCCAGUGACCAGCCCUCUGGCCACAGCCAGGUCACCGAGAGCAGCGGCUCCACGCCCGAGUCCUGCCCGGAGCUCUCCGACGAGGACCAGGACGGGGACUUUGUCCCAGGCGGCGAGAGCCCGUGCGCCCGGUGCAGGAAGGUGGCGCGGCGGCUGCAGGCCCUGCACGAGGCCGUCCUCUCCAUCCGCGAGGUCCAGCAGGAGCUGCACAGGCACCUCUCGGCCAUGCUGGGCUCCACAGCACAGGCCACGCAGAGGCCGGCCCCGGGCGUCCUGCAGAGCCCCCGAUCCUGGUUCCUGCUCUGCGUGCUCCUGGCGUGUCAGCUACUUAUUAACUACAUCCUCAAAUAAGAGCCCGUGGGGGCGGCACGGGUGUCGCCUGCAGAACUCCCAGCCCGAGCCCCCCUCCCAGGCACCCAGCACUUUAGGCGUGGAGGUGGAGGGCCCAGCGAGCACAGCCCCCGUCACGGGGGCCCUGGAGCAGGGGGCUGCGGCAGGGACCUGGGGCCGCAAGGGCGCUGCGGGCCAGGCGCGCUGGCCCCUCUCGGGGGGUGCCGGCCUCCCCUGCCGGGCUCCCCGCCCCACACCGGCCUUAAUGCUAAAGCCAAAUGCAGCUUCCGUCGUGCAGCGUGUUCCCGGUCGUCUCGCCUAGUCAUCCCCAGUCCAGCUCCACCUGCCACGUGGGAUCCACGGAUUCCGGCCAGCGGGCCUGCCCAGGCUGCGGAUGGCCACAGCCCAGCGGCGGUGAGGGGAAGCUUUCCGCACGGAAGCCGGGAGCCCCGAGCAGGCCCGGAGUCCCCAGGGCUCUGACACACUGAUGCACACGCCUGCCUUCCUGAGACCGUGCCCGCGUUGCCGGGGCCGCCCCGGACGGGCCGGCGCUGCUCUGGGGAGGACGUCCUGGUGUCUUUAUUCCGCCGCGUGCUGUCUGGAUGGGAGCCCAGUACCGGCAGGUCCUGGAACCUCCCUCCCUUCCUGGCUCGCACGCGGGCUGCCCGGCGGGGGCGUGCACAGGUGGAGGCGGCGGCAGGGCAGGCGGGCGCGGGCGGCGGCAGGGCACAGGGCCCGGGCUCAGCUGGCCCCGUGUGCCCGGGUCAGGGAGGCUCAAGCUCGUCACUUUGCUCAGACCGACGCACAGUCUUCCUACGUUACACUUUUUUAAUAGACGUAACUGCAAUAUUGCCGGCCGGCUGCGAGCAGCGGUCAGCCUCCGGCGCCUGGCCUCCGUCCCUGUGCCGGUGCCGCCUGCGUGCGCGCGUGCACGCGUGUGUGCCCGCGUGCGCGAGUGCCCACACGCGCGCGCACACACAUACAGAGCCUUAAUACGUCGUGGCGGUGCCAUCCGAGCAUAACCGAUCGUGUGUUCUCCUGUUUUUGUACCCGCGUCCUGUCUCUCCCGCGUCCAGUGUGGGGACAUGUCUGUGCUCCAUGCCUUGAAAUAAACAGACACAUAUGUUGCUGCGUGCUCUCUUCGUGGGGGACUUCUGGAAGCAAGCCGGGGCUUCUCAGGGAGAGGCCCAGAGC